AAGAGAUGAAGAUAGAAGAGACAUUCAGAGUCAAACAUGAAGAUACUGAGGAACAAACAGACCUGAAAGAAGAGAGUGAAGAACUUAAAGAAAUACAAGAUAAAGAUCAGUACAAAAAACACCAUGAAUUCAUAACUGGACAAAAAUCAUUUAGUUGCUCACAGACAGCAAAGACUUCCUCACAAAAAAGAGCUUGAAAGAUUAGAUCUAGAAGUCAUUUCACCUGCCAACAGUGUGGAAAGAGUUUCAGCCAUCAAGGAAAACUUAAAGUCCAUAUGAGAAUUCACACUGGAGAGAAGCCUUUCACCUGCCAACAGUGUGGAAAGAGUUUCAAUGAACAUGGAAACCUUAAAGUCCACAUGAGGAUUCACACAGAGGAAAAGCCUUUCACCUGCUCUCAAUGUGGAAAGAGUUUUACUCAUAAAAGCACUUUUAAUGCCCACAUGACUAUUCACACUGGAGAGAAGCCUUACACCUGCAAACUGUGUGGGAAUAAUUUUGUUGGAAAAGGAAGUUUUAACAUGCACAUAAGGAUUCACACUGGAGAGAAGCCUUACACAUGCCCUCAGUGUGGAAAGAGUUUCACUCAACAAGGAAACUUUAACAGGCACAAGAGAAUUCACACUGGAGAGAAGCCGUUCAAAUGUAAACUGUGUGGAAACAGUUUCACACGACAAACAAGCUUUAACGGGCACAUGAGAAUUCACACCAGAGAGAAGAUUAAACCUGUAAACUGUGUGGAAGAACAUCACAACAAAACUAAAUCUUAACUAUCACACGAACAGUCACACUGGUGAGAAGCAGUUUACAUGUGAACAGUGGAAAGAGUUUCAGGCGAAAAGCAACCAUUAAUAAGCACAUGAGGCUUCACACUGGAGAGAGACGCUUUUACGUGUCUUCAGUGUAAAAUGUGUUUCACAUAUCAAAAAGACCUCAAACAUCAUUGUGGCAGGCAGGAUGGGGCCGAGAGCCGUGGGAAGGGAUUGAGGCCUCGAGUUUCAUGGAAGGUUCCCGCCUCCUUGCUCUGUUCCCACGACUCCCAGCCCCACCCUGCUUGCUACAUGUAAAUUGUCAGUAUGUGAUUUUGGAGCAAUUCAGAUACUGAAGACUUGAUCAAGGCUGCGUUUCCCAAAAGCAUUGUAAGCUUAAGUACAUCGUAGACCCAUUGAAACCAAUGGAGCUACGAUCAACUUAGGCUUACGAUGCUUUUGGGAAACGCAGCCCAGAAUUGUGAUGAAACAACGCAAAGAACUGAAUUUCACAAGAUGCCCCGAGUCUCACACUAGAUGAUCAUAAAACUGAGACCUGUCAAUUGACACCACAAAGCCUGAGUUUAAUAGUUACUCCUCUACAGAUGAUUUUAUAAACUAGUGACUGUAUAAAAAGAACUCCUCCAGCGUUGGCAACUUUAGGCAGUUAACCCAAGAUAAAUGGGUCUGGAAACACAUUCUGAAUCUCACAGGGAAAACCAUAAGACAAAAUUGGGAUUUCCCUCACUCAAGAUAUAGAGCUAAAGCCAGACUCCAUUUUGACCUUUUCCUUGCAUGACUGGAAUCCUCUCUAAGACCCACAGAG